UCCAUAGGGAAGAGAGAGAUUCCGUAAGUUUUGUUGCUAGCCUUCGACCAGCCUUUAGCUUGACAGUGCGGUUCCGGCAGCGCAGCCAGAAUGACGCGUCGCCCUCGCUGCUCGAAGGCGCCAUCUUGUGUCCUGCGUGUGUCCUCGGCGCGGGGCAUGUCGCCGUGGGGGAGGCUCAAAAGGCCGAAGUCCACUCGAGAAGUGGAGCUCGGUGGUUCGAUGCUCACAGAUUCACUCACGCCGCUUCGCCCGCGGACCCCCGGACGGGUCGAACACCAAUGGACACGACACGAGGAAGCCCCGAGGUGUGCGCUCCCUCUGCGGCCGCAGCAGACGCGCUGCUCACGGUCAGGAUGGACAGGAAGCAGCGCUGCGUGAAGCUCUCGGUCCAGCCGUCCAGAGGACUCAUGGACGAGAAGUUCCUCGUCCUGGUCCAGAACGUCCUCCCUGGUUUCCAGCUGACCGUCUACGCCUUCUACAGGUGUGAUGAUGGUCACAGCUGGGAGGCGUUCGCUCACUACACCGCCAACGCCAGCGGGACUGUCAACGUUUCAGAGGACCACAGUCUGGGGGGGACGUACUCUGGGGUUGAACCGAUGGGUCUCAUGUGGAGCCUCAGACCAGUUCCAGGAAGCAAACCUGGACUCAGGAUGAGGAAGAUGAACGUCCAGACUCCCAUGGAGGUCACGAUCUCGGUGUACCGGGGUCACCUGACGGGGGGCUUUGUGGACCAGGUGCCGCUGGCCGGCGUGGUGGUGGAGCGCUGGUACAUGGCCCCCGGCGUCCGCAGGGUCCCGGUUACGGAGGGGGGACUCACAGCGACCCUCUUCCUCCCCUCAGGACCGGGUCCGUUCCCGGGCCUCCUGGACCUGUGGGGGGGUGGGGGGAAGUUGGUGGAGUAUCGGGCGGCACUGCUGGCCUCCCACGGCAUCGCCUCCCUGGCCCUCGACUACCUGACCCCCCAAAUCACCAAGGAAACGGGCAAGAUGGUGGAUAACCGUUAUUUUGAGGCGGCCUACAGAUUCCUGGAGCAGCACCCUCAGGUCCUCGGCAGCAGGAUCGGCAUCUUGGGACUUUCCUUCGGCACCAGCAUCGCCUUGAAAAUGGCGGUUUACUCCCCAGUGUUUAAGCUCAGGUGUGCAGUGUGUAUCAGUGGGAGUCAUGUGCAGCCGAUCGAAGGAUCUGUGCAACAAAUAAUGACUUCGUUUCACAAGAACGCUGAUAAGACUCGAUUCAACGAGGAACAUCAGGUGAUCUGGAGAGAUCUGCUGCUGCCCAUCCCCACCGACCCCUCCCUCAAAGUGGAGGUGGGACGUCUGAGGUGUCCUCUGCUGCUGGUCGUGGGCGAGGACGAUCAGAACUGGCCCGCCCACGAGUCGGCUGUGGACGUGAAGGAGAUGAUGCAGCGGGCCGGCAACGACCACCUGCUGACUGUCCUGUCGUACCCCGACGCAGGUCACCUGAUCGAACCUCCCUUCACGCCGUUCGCCCGCGCCAGCAGCUACAAGAUCCUGGGCCCCGCCCCUCAGACGUUGAUGGUUCUGUGGGGCGGAGAGACUGUGGCACAUUCCCGCGCUCAGGAGGACGCCUGGAGGAAGACGCUGGUCUUUCUGAGGGAGAAUCUGUACGGCGGCACGAACCCCGGAGCCACUUCCUCCUCCCACCUGUGACCAGGUCGGCUCCUUUUGAUUCUGGAGCCUCUGCCUGUGGCUCCGGAAGCACUGACCCACUUCAUCGCUCCUCAGACAUGAUGUUAAGAGGACACGCUUUGAUUGACACCAAACGUUAAAUCAGCCCAAAUGAUGAAUAAAUACAUAUAUCAGUGCAUAUAGCACUCAUCCUAAUCAUGAACACAAAGUGCUUUAGGAGAAUUAAACCACAAAGUUCAGAUGUCUUUCAUAGAAUACGUUCAGAGGUUUGGAAUCGCUCUUUUGACUCAAAGCAUCCAGAGAAAUUCUGUCUACUGGGAUAGAAGAUGGAGAUGAUCAAAAAAGACAGGGAACCAUUUAUUUUAUUCUCUAUUGUGUCAUGUUGUACCUUCAUUACAUUAAUAACAUACUGAAUAAUGUUCCUGUUACUGAUCAUCACACCUCAAAACCCUCUGCAUCAUUUUACUGUCCAAACUGCUUGUAAUCUAUGAAAUAAUAAACUUCAAUACAAACGUGA